GGUGGAAAAGCGAAUACUGUCUAGCUAACUUCCAUUUACAACAUGGGUUCUACGUCGAUUCCGUGUUUGUGGAUUACAUUUUUCCUUCAUUUAUGUAGUUUGAUGAACACUGGAAAAGCGCAGAAUGCGAAAGAAGUGAUUCUGUUGGAUUCCAAGGCACAGCAGACAGAGCUGGAGUGGAUAUCUUCUCCUCCUGGUGGGUGGGAAGAGAUCAGCGGGUUGGAUGAAAACUACACCCCCAUUCGCACAUACCAGGUUUGUCAGGUCAUGGAGCCCAAUCAGAACAACUGGCUUCGGACUAGCUGGAUAGAGAAGGGCGAUGCCCAGAGGAUUUUUGUGGAACUGAAGUUCACGUUGAGGGAUUGUAACAGUUUACCCGGUGUGGUGGGCACGUGCAAGGAGACAUUCAACUUGUAUUACCAGGAAACCGAUUCGGAGGUCGGCAGGAAUAUACGAGAGAACCAGUACGUGAAAAUUGACACAAUCGCAGCAGAUGAGAGCUUUACUCAGGGGGACCUGGGAGAGAGGAAGAUGAAGCUGAAUACAGAAGUGCGCAUCAUUGGGCCGCUGUCCAGACGAGGGUUUUACCUGGCCUUCCAGGAUGUAGGGGCAUGCAUCGCUCUGGUCUCUGUCAAAGUUUAUUACAAGAAGUGCUGGUCCAUCAUUGAGAACCUGGCCACUUUCCCAGACACUGUUACGGGAUCAGAAUUCUCCUCUCUGGUCGAGGUCGAGGGCAUGUGUGUCAGUGACGCCGAGGAGGAGGCCGAUAACGCUCCCAAGAUGCACUGCAGCGCAGAGGGAGAAUGGCUGGUGCCUAUAGGGAAAUGUAUAUGCAAAGCUGGAUUUCAUCAGAAGGGCGAUGCAUGUGAACCAUGUGGCCGUGGGUUCUACAAGUCCUCGUCCCAGGACCUGCAGUGUUCGCGCUGCCCAGCACACAGCUACAAUGACCGGGAGGGCUUGUGGCGCUGCGACUGUGAGGACGGCUACUACCGGGCACACUCAGACCCACCCUCUGUGGCCUGCACAAGACCUCCCUCGGCACCACAGAACCUGGUUUACAACAUCAACCAGACCACCGUCAGCCUGGAGUGGAGCCCGCCGGCCGACAUGGGCGGUCGCAACGACGUCACCUACAGGAUUAUGUGCCGGCGCUGCAGCUGGGAGCCCGAGGAGUGCGUGCCGUGCGGGGGGAACGUGGGAUACUCCCCCCAGCAGGCGGAAUUAGUGGACACCUACGUAAAUGUGGUGGACCUACUGGCCCACGCCAACUACACCUUUGAGGUGGAGGCCGUCAACGGGGUCUCUGACCUCAGCCGCACCCAGAGGCUGUUUGCCGCAGUCAGCGUCGCCACCAGUCAAGCAGCUCCCUCCCAAGUCAGUGAGGUGAUCAGGGAGAGAGUGCAGCAGCGAAGCGUCCAGCUCUCCUGGCAGGAGCCUGACCAGCCCAACGGAGUCAUCACUGAAUAUGAGAUUAAGUACUACGAAAAAGACCAGAAGGAUCGUAUCUACUCCACAGUGAAGUCCAGAUCCACGUCAGCCACAGUGAACAAUCUGAAGCCCAGCACAGCCUACGUGUUUCAAAUCCGAGCCUUCACCACGGCCGGAUACGGCACCUACGGCCCCCGGCUGGAGGUCACUACCAAGGAGGAGGCCUCAGGUACCAGCAGAACACAUGCACAGGCAGAGAUGAUUACAUCCACCAUUGUCUCCAGCGAGCAGAACCCCGUCAUCAUCAUCGCGGUGGUGGCCGUGGCGGGAACCAUCAUCCUGGUCUUCAUGGUGUUUGGCUUCAUCAUUGGGAGAAGGCACUGUGGCUACAGCAAGGCAGACCAGGAAGGAGACGAGGAGCUGUAUUUUCAAUUUAAAUUUCCAGGCACCAAAACAUACAUUGACCCUGAAACCUACGAGGACCCGAACAGGGCUGUCCAUCAAUUUGCCAAAGAGCUGGACGCGUCCUGCAUUAAGAUUGAGCGAGUUAUUGGAGCAGGAGAGUUUGGGGAGGUGUGUAGUGGACGGAUGAAACUCCCAGGGAAACGGGACACGUCAGUGGCCGUUAAAACCUUGAAGGUGGGCUACUCUGAGAAACAGAGGAGAGACUUCCUUUGUGAGGCCAGCAUUAUGGGCCAGUUUGACCAUCCCAAUGUUGUCCAUCUGGAGGGAGUGGUGACCAGAGGAAAACCGGUGAUGAUUGUGAUUGAAUAUAUGGAAAACGGCUCAUUAGAUGCUUUCCUCAGGAAACACGAUGGUCAGUUCACAGUGAUCCAGUUAGUGGGAAUGCUGCGGGGCAUAGCAGCGGGGAUGAGAUAUCUCUCUGACAUGGGAUACGUCCAUCGAGAUCUGGCUGCACGAAACAUCCUUGUCAACAGCAAUCUCGUAUGUAAAGUAUCUGACUUCGGCCUGUCAAGAGUGAUCGACGAUGAUCCCGAGGCUGUCUACACAACAACGGGUGGAAAGAUACCUGUUCGAUGGACAGCAAUGGAAGCCAUCCAGUACCGUAAAUUCACUUCCGCUAGUGAUGUGUGGAGUUAUGGCAUUGUCAUGUGGGAAGUCAUGUCCUAUGGGGAACGGCCUUACUGGGACAUGUCCAAUCAAGAUGUGAUAAAGGCCAUAGAGGAGGGGUACCGCCUCCCUGCUCCCAUGGACUGCCCUCCAGGCCUGCACCAGUUAAUGCUGGACUGCUGGCAGAAAGACAGGGCUGAUCGACCCAAAUUUGAUCAAAUAGUUGGCAUCCUUGAUAAGAUGAUUCGCAAUCCCAAUACCUUAAAAACCCCUUUGGGAACAUGCACAAGACCGAUUAGUCCCCUGUUAGAUCAGAGCACACCAGACUUCACGUCGUUCCGCUCGGUGGGGGAGUGGCUGGAGGCCAUCAAGAUGGAGAGAUACAAAGACAACUUCACCGCCGAAGGCUACAGCUCACUGGAAUCUGUGGCCAGGAUGUCAAUCGAGGAUGUGAUGAGCUUGGGGAUCACUUUAGUGGGACAUCAGAAGAAGAUCAUGAGCAACAUACAGACUAUGAGAGCCCAGAUGCUAAAUCUCCACGGCACGGGCAUCCAGGUGUGAUGAUAGACUACAGUGCCCCCUGUGGACAGGGGGGCAAAGAGCUAUCUAGAGCAGCGCUAGGGCAGAACUUCCCAGGAUAAUCAUAAAAAAUCAUGUGACGUGACGUCGUCUCCUGUGUCUGACUCUUGUUUUUCCGGAUGUUUCGGAAUUAAAAUCAUUCCUUUGUUCCUUGGCAAAGGAUUUAACCCCUCUUUAGAACGGGUACUAAGGAGAGAUUGAGAGAAUACUCCCUGGACAUGAUGCCGCUCUGAGAAACUCAACCACAAAUAGAGAUGGAGCUUUGGAAAAGGAGUUUUAUCCAUAUUACCUUGUUCUUUUAACCUUGUGAAUUUUUUGGGGGGAGGGCACCAUGAAAAUGGAUUUCACUUAAAAAAGAAAAAAAAUCCCCCUGAAACUUUUUUCCCUUGCAGUGUUUAUUUAAAAUAUUUUUUAUUCUAGUUUGUUCAUUUUGUUAGUUUCAGAAGGCACAGUGAUAUGGUGUGAUACGUACAGUAAUCUAACAUUUUUCUUUCGCGUUACAAUUUUUUCUUCCUUUUAUUUUGGACUUGACAACAGGGUAAACGUUCCCAUCCAAAAGGACAGGGAGGAUGAAUAUGGUGUCUGAACAUUUUGGUGGAGAUGAUUUAGAGGUACUUUGACCAGUUUGUCUUGAGACACUACUGCCUGUUUUAACUGUUUGCAGUGAGUUGUGUUUUUUCUCCCUGAUGCUUUUGAAGUGGAAAUGGUAUCCUGCACCUCAGAUCAGUGACUUCAAGGAUAGUAGUAUUCACUUGGUUGUUUCAAGCUUGCAGGAGUGGCUUGUUGUAUGAAUUUUUCUGGAGACAGAUGCUCUCGUUGUAUAAUGAAAACAUUUCAAAUUUGUAUGUAGGAAUUGCGAAACAGUAUGACACCAACAAGGCAAAUCGAUUUCAGAUUGAUCACAACUUUUAUAUCUAAUAUCAAGCAUCAAAUUGGCAAUGUUUAUGUUUAUCACAUUAAUCAUUUUACCUUAUUGUCCAAUAUACUUUCAAUCUGAAAUGUUUUGUUUAAUUAUUUAUUUGAACGUUACCAGACAGCAAUAUAGAAAGGUUGUAUUGAAACUUAAAGAGACUUGAUCCACCGCAAAGGGUUUGAAAUGCCGAAACAAACAUAUUUUUUGUUGUUGCAGCAAAUGGUUUCCUAUUUUGGUGAAUACAGUUGUGGAGGGUGAAUCUAUGAAAGGCUGUGUAUGUACUUUCUACAAGUAAUUCUCCCUUAAAACUAAUUUAUUCCCAUUAUUAGUUUUUUUGCGAUUC